AGCGUCGCUUCGAGAUGUCGUGCUGUCAAAUUUAUACGUAUGCGUUCUUUCGUUUCCGGCGCUUUCAGCUGCAAAGGAACACAUUUAAAUUGAUUAAAAGUUUGCCACUUUUGAUUAAUUCCUACUGAGGUUUUACGAUGGCUAAAACUAAAACGGAGAAAAAGACUAAAUCAGCCAUCAAUGAAGUUGUGACACGGGAAUGCACCAUCAAUCUGAACAGGCGACUACAUAAAGUAGGCUACAAAAAGCGUUCCCCGAGGGCAAUAAAAAUCGUACGCAAAUUCGCCGAAAAAGAAAUGGGUACCACUGAUGUUCGUAUUGAUACUCGUUUAAACAAGGCUAUUUGGCACCGAGGAAUCAGGAAUCCACCUUUCCGUAUCCGUGUACGUUUGUCCCGUCGCCGCAAUGAUGACGAAGAUUCUCCCAACAAAUUGUACACCUUGGUGACGUACGUUCCUGUGCCGUCAUUCAAGGAGCUGCAAACCGAAAAUGUUGAAUCAACCGACGAUUAAUAUGUAAAUUUACACGCUUAACGUUUAGAAGCUUGAACGAAGGAAUAGUCGAAAACGGUUCAACGUGUAUUUUAUUAAGGUGUAAAAAGAAUUUGUGGGAAAUAAACUACAAAUAUUAAAAAUGAGAAA